AUGGAGGCUGAAAGGAUACCGACGACCGCGGUGGAGGCGACGACGGUGCCAACUACGGAAACAAAGCGCAGGAGAAUGCGCCGCAAGCACAUAAGACCAGAAGUCGGAUCCUUCCUCGACAUUCUACACGACCAUUCGGGCACAUCACUAUUCGUCUUGCCCAUCUGCUGGACCGAUCUUCAUACGCGACUACUCGGCUGCAACUUCACACAGCUUCCCGCGCACAACUUACCAAUGCCGGCGCACAAGUUCCUGAUGCCGCCAUCGACACCAUCUCCUCGAAGGUCGCAGAGGACGCCGGAAACCGUGGUCACUAUUGGUAGAGGCUUGGAUAUCUUAAUGUCGACUGACGGGUCGAUGCCGGUUCAGACUAAGACCCGUGCGCUGCGAACUAUUCUCUCGACAUUUUUCCGCAAUCACCUGUCCACGACAAAGGCUUGCCCCGAUUUGGACAUACGAUUCGGCCAACGCACCUACUCCAAAGCUGUCCGCUGUCAGGCAAUAUGGAAGCAGCCAGACACGAGCGCCAUGUCUUUCAACUCGGCUACUACCUGGACGUCGAGUAGAUCCGCGAGCCAAUUGAUGUCUUCCAUGACGGUCAAUCUUGCCAAUGAUACGCCGAUAUUGGCCUAUGUCAGUCGCAGCCACCUUGACCACAUCAGAAGGCAUUGCUUCCGAGUGUUGAGUGGUCCAAAUCGGUCGUUCAACGGGCCAGUCCAUCGUCUACAGCAGCUCCGUUCGAGGAAUCUUAUACCCGGAAACAUCGACGAGGAUCAAUACUUCGUUGCUGUCAUGAUCGCCAUGGCGCAACAGCAGGUGUAUACCGACGUCAUGAUGGGUGCGGGCUUUACGCCCAAGUCUGUCAAGACCUGCGUAUUGACAAUAUCGGAGGAAGGUCAUUCAUUCAUCGUCUAUUCCGCGACCGUUCCUGCAGCUUUCCUGGUCAUGCUCGACCAGCCUGAUAAAGCGCCGAAAGGAGAUACGCAAAUCAAGAUUGAGUACUCCCAGGCUCCUGUUUGGCCGGUACUCGGACUCAAGGAGCGGCUGGGGAAAGCUCUGGGCAAAGACAUCGUGGGCGACUUCGAUGGCGUCUCUAUGGAUACGUACGAGGACGAGCUUCCGGUUACGCCGGAGUCGACGUCGCCGAAGCGCAGAAGAGAGGUUCUCUCAGAGGUUUUUAAUGCAAGCUUUUCCGAGGACCGGGAAUCUGAGAGCCCUGGCAACGUGUUCAAGAGGAGAUGCAUAGCGGAAGGUAGGGUUGGCGUCGUCCGGUGA